AUGUCAGAAACGAAUUGUCCCAUGUGCCACAUAAUACAGAAAACACAUUUCCAGAGAUUGAUAUUAAGUAGUUUCUUUGAGAACUUAUUANGGGGCACUCUAGAGAGAGAAUCAAGUGCUCAGUAUGAGAAAUUUGAAGAAGAUCCCGAUGUUUCUUCCCAAAAUGAAAAUCCGGACAAUUUUGCAGGUCCUGCAGAUACUAGCAGUAAGGGUGGGAAGAAUGCAGAUAUGACAGUCAGAAAUUUUGAACUCAAUGUGGACUUAAAUGAGAAUGGGAAUUCCACGCCAGUACUGGCUGGAGGCCCUUCUAACUCAGUGACAAAUCCAGCUCUUGAAAUGAAGCAUGAAGAAAUUCACGGUUGGUCCCUUGAUAGUGUGGAAGGGAUGGCCAUUGAUCCUGUUCAACUUGCCAAUAUCAAUAGGAGGAUAGAUGAGGAAGAAGAAGAUUAUGAUGAGGAAGAAUAA